AUGCGGUGGCUGCACAAAAUAUUGACGCUGGCAAUAAUUUGCGCAGCUGUGGGAGAGGAGUGCCCCUCCUUCUGCAACUGCUCCAGGACACUACUAUCAUGCUCCAGCGUAGCCGUUCCCGGUAACAAUCUCACCAGAAUCACUCUAGCCAACCACGGCACGGACCUCCAGACCAUAAUAUGGACAGACUCUACAGUUCAAGCAAUAGACCAGGAUCUAUUUUUAGGCCUAUACAACUUAGAGUACAUCGAUUUGAGCAGAAACGAAAUCAAAAGAACAGAACAUGAUCUGUUUGCAAGACUGACCCAUUUAAAACAUUUGAAUCUUUCAAGAAACAAAAUCGAAGACAUACCCCGCUUCACUUUCGCUUAUCUAGAUAAUCUGGAAGUUUUGGAUGUGUCUCACAACGAACUCCACGUAAUACCAUUCCAGGUCUUCGGGCCACUGACUAGGUUAAAGUAUUUGGAUAUAUCGCAUAAUAAAAUAGCAACUUUCUUAGAUUAUUUUUUUAAGCCUAAUCGCCAACUGAAACAACUGUUCCUAAAUAAUAAUAGCAUAGUCGAAAUAACUUCUAAAGCUCUAGUCAACUUGAGGGAAUUGGAGAUUCUCGAUCUAUCUGGUAACAAAUUAGAUUAUUUACCAAAGUCUAUUUUUGAUAGUUUUGAUGAACUAACCGAUCUGAAUCUUAGCGACAACAGCUACCAAAACAUAUCACAUGAUGCUUUUAAGAAUUUACAUAAGUUGAAAUGGCUGAAUUUGGGCGGAACUAGGCUUAAAAUGUUGCCGGCUGCGCUCUUCCAACAUAACGAAAAUUUGCAAACGUUCUACCUCGACAACACUCAAGUGACAGUUAUACAUAAUACGAAUUUUAAGGGUUUGAUUAAUCUACAGCGACUUUUUAUUAGAAACAAUAGUUUUUUAAGAGAAAUCGAAACGUUCGUUUUCGAUGAUACACCAUCAAUAACCCAUUUGGAUAUAAGUGGCAACGACUUGACGUUUUUACCUCUAACGUUAGAGAAGUUAGAUAAAUUGCAAUCUCUAAAAAUAAGCAGAAAUCCGUGGGCUUGCGACUGCCGAAUGGCAUGGUUUGCUGCCUGGGCGGACAAGAGGAAAGAAAUCAUCAAAUCCGACCUGAGCUGCAGGCGAGCAUACCCGGACGACAUGUUAAGAACGCUUAACCACACUAACUGCAAACCCCCACAAUUAAUCUUGAGCAGCCCACUGACUUUGUACAGAUUGCAGACAGACGCGUUACUCGAGUGUAGAUUCGAUGGAAACCCUGCCCCAUCGAUCACUUGGAUUACACCAACCAGGGACGUCUACCAUUGGAAUCCGAACCCGCUCAUUCCGGACAUAUUUCACAAACACGGAGUGGCUCAUGAUAAGUACUAUCGGCCCAUAGACAACGGAAAAUCACGAGUGAGGGUCCAAGAUGAUGGCACAUUAUUUAUUGGCGAUAUACACAGAGAAGAUACAGGAACCUAUCUGUGCUACGCAUCAAACCCUUCAGCAAAUUUGACCGUUGAAGUUACUUUGAACAUCGAUCCAAUGACCAUGUUUGAAAUAAAGAUGUACAGCCUGCUCUGUGGAGCGCUAUGUGCAGCAGCAUUCUUGGGGCUAACACUAAUGAUUCAAUUUAUACGUUACAUAUUCAUCAAAUUUCGACUACUAGAAACAUGUUGUAGCUGCUGUGCAUGUGUGAGUCGCGACGCGCCACGUACACGUCAAAUAUACAACAUGUUAGAUAACAUUGAACAGUACAAGAGAUUGCAAUUGGAAAAAUUAAGAGAAAACUACGCUGUCCAAGUUCAUCGGAUUAAAGAGAAUUGCACGCAGCAAAUGGAAUGGAUACAAAGCAGUUAUUCAACGCAAGCUACACACCUACGCAACUUCAGAGACAUCGGCUCCAACCAUUUGACUGCAAUGAGGGACCAGUAUUAUGAUCAGGUAAAACGCGUUCGAGAGUACUCCACGUCGCAACUUAAUUGGGUUCGGGAGAACUACGUAUUCCAGAGGAACAAGAUUCGGAAGUUCAGCGCUCACCAAAUACUGAGACUGCGUGAAUCCUACAAAUACCAGCAGCAGACGUUAAACAAGGUGUUGGAAAAUUUGCCCAGUUUAUACUUUGAGAACUGUCGGAGCGGGUCUUGUGGACACAGUGAUUCUAUGCCCUUUGAUCCUGACGUAGAGAUUAUCGAUAUGUAUCUAAAGACAAAGAUAGAAAAAUUGUCGCAUCUUCCCAGUCCGAUACCGGAUGACGAGAGCAGAGCGUCUGUUUACUACACGCCGACCGAAAGAUCUGUGAACUCGAGAAGAAAUUCGCCAGUUACGAUUCCAGACGACAUCCACAUAAAUAUAAUUGAACGUGGUCCUCCUAGGUUGAUGGCAAGGAUAAGACCGAUACAGCCGGUUCCGCCGCCGACUCUCGAAUCUUCUUCGCCGCCAUCGACUUCCAAAGCGGGCUUACAAAUGGGACAAGUUAAAUACAAGCGUGACCGGACCGAAUUCAAACCGUUCAGCGAGCCGCUGCUGGGUAGAGAGCGUGAGAGAUGUCAGUUAGCCAUCAGCGCGAGUUCACCGGAACUGAGGCAGGUGCAAGUGGAGUGUGAAGUUGAACUGGAACCUAAGAGCGAUGUGAAGCGAGAAAUAAAACGCGACGCGGGUAAAGGAAAGGAGACGCGCGUACUGCUGGCGGUGGAGUUGGCGCAACCUGAGUGCCAGAUAAAGCAUGCGGCCGGUCAAUUGGUGUGUGGCGAGUGCGCGAAGUUGUGCGAAAACACGCCCUUGUAG